AUGGGCCGAGCCCUUGAAGUAGCAUGGAUCGAGCCGCGAGAAGACAAGGAAGAACAUCACCAAUAUCAUUAUCAACAAACCAAACAAGUCAUCAGUAGAACUAGUAGUAGUAGCAGUACAAUAACACACUUCUUUGAAUGGAAACUGGGUUACAUUUUCCGCAUUCAUUGUGUUAUCAAAGAUGAGGGCUAUAGAUUAGCCCUCUACGGCGGAAACAACAUUGUUUCAAAAAGGUUUAGUUAGUUGAAACUAAAGACGCUGAAAAAAAGACCCAUCCAUUAGGGUCAGGGCAAUCAGAGUUGCAUGUAGUUAACAUUAGUACCUGUGUCAAUCGGAGAGUAUUAAUACUAUAUGGUCAACAUGGAAGAACAAGAUCAUCAACUUCUUCUUUAUCGUGUUCGAUCUACAAAUAAUGAACGAAACAAUUCUUGUAUAAUUAUAUGGAAUCACAACACGAUUCUAUUUCAAACGCAAGUGCAAGACAAAUGA